CGCUCCUAUCUGACCAGCCAUUUCUCCAGGAGGAUUUGUGGAGGUUUCCAAAAUGCCUGAAGCCAACUAUUUGUUAUCUGUAUCUUGGGGUUAUAUUAAGUUCAAGAGGAUGCUGACCCGGGAGCUGACCCACCUCUCCGAGAUGAGCCGCUCUGGCAACCAGGUGUCCGAGUACAUUUCCAACACCUUCCUGGACAAGCAGAACGAUGUGGAGAUUCCUUCUCCCACCCAGAAGGACAGAGAGAAGAAGAAGAAACAGCAGCUCAUGACACAGAUCAGUGGAGUGAAAAAAUUAAUGCAUAGCUCAAGCUUAAAUAAUACCAGCAUUUCCCGGUUCGGUGUGAAGACGGAGAAGGAAGACCACCUGGCCAAGGAACUGGAAGACCUGAACAAGUGGGGGCUCAACAUAUUUAAUGUUGCAAGGUACUCCCACAACAGGCCGCUCACCUGCAUCAUGUACGCGAUAUUUCAGGAACGGGAUCUGCUGAAGACCUUCAAGAUCUCCUCGGACACUUUCGUGACGUACAUGAUGACGCUGGAAGACCACUACCACUCAGAUGUAGCUUACCACAACAGCCUCCAUGCUGCUGACGUGGCCCAGUCCACACACGUUCUGCUCUCUACCCCAGCACUGGAUGCUGUCUUCACUGAUUUGGAAAUCCUUGCUGCAAUUUUUGCAGCUGCAAUUCAUGACGUGGAUCACCCUGGGGUCUCCAAUCAAUUUCUCAUUAAUACAAAUUCCGAGCUGGCCCUGAUGUACAACGAUGAAUCUGUCUUGGAGAACCACCACCUGGCCGUGGGUUUCAAACUGCUUCAGGAGGAGCACUGUGACAUCUUCCAGAACCUGACCAAGAAGCAGCGCCAGACGCUCAGGAAGAUGGUGAUCGACAUGGUGUUGGCGACAGAUAUGUCCAAGCACAUGAGCCUGUUGGCAGAUCUGAAGACUAUGGUGGAAACGAAGAAGGUGACCAGUUCGGGUGUCCUCCUCCUGGACAACUACACCGACAGAAUACAGGUUCUCCGAAAUAUGGUACAUUGUGCAGACUUGAGUAACCCCACCAAGUCCCUGGAGCUGUACCGGCAGUGGACGGACCGGAUCAUGGAGGAAUUCUUCCAGCAGGGAGACAAGGAGAGGGAGAGGGGGAUGGAGAUCAGCCCCAUGUGCGACAAGCACACGGCCUCGGUGGAGAAAUCCCAGGUAGUUACCCCUCGGCUGCAGCUUUGGACUGCCCGAGCUCCUGUCGUUGAA